AUGGACAUGAAAAACAUCGGCGAUUGGCAUCCGAAUCUCAGACCGAAUGACUUUGGCGGCUAUCGGCCAGAUUUGCCGCCUCUUAUCUAUGGGGAGGAUAACAAGCACAAUGUCUAUGAGAUGAACAGGUUGGUGAACUACAGGAAUAUGAAGGACUUUUGCGAGAAACUGCUGCAGGAUCAGCUCUUCCAGGCGGUUGUUCUGGCCCCCGUUGCCGAAUUGGAUUCACCUCCUCAAAAUAACUUUGACUUGGAAGAUCACAAGGACAGGGAUUACUUUGUGAUGUUGUACGAUCCUGCCUGCUACCACUGGCCCAUGCAGUUGAAAAUGCUGCGGAAACUUUCCCUUCUGCUGGCCAACGAAACUAUCUCUGUGAUGAUCAUCAAUAAGUCGCACAACAUUUUGGGCGUGGUAUUCAACAAGUUUUCGAAGGCGGUCAACUGUCAUGGGGCCACAAUAUUCAGCGCUUCACGUCUGGAUGGCUGGGACUUUAAGAUGCGCCCGAGACAGGACAGUACACGCGAAUAUCUGCGCUACAUUGCCCAGAACAGGCAGCCAGAGUUGUUGGGCUACGAUGCCAAUGGCGAGCCCAAAGCACCCGAGGCGGCAUUGGCUUACAUUGAAUGUCUAUUUGCUGAAAGCAGUUGA